UUUUGCACAGCGGCGAGCGAUGGAACAAAUGGAGGUUCCGCACGCGAUGCCCGUGCAAACGUACUGCGAGGUGUGCUCGUUGGACUGCCCGUGCGAUGACGUGUACGUGAAGGUGUUCUCUGUGUACGUGUGCGCUGACUGCCGCUACGGAAAUCCUGCCUACAAGCUUCUGACUAAAGACGUGGCAAAAAAGACCUACCUCCUCACAGACUCGACAAUGGAAACCCUUCCGUGCAUGCGGAAGUCCAAUCCAAAGCACGAAGCGUUUGCUCCGCUGCGGCUUUACUUGCAGAAGAUGUGCGAAGCCACUGCGAUUCAGCAACACGGUAGCCUCGAGAACGUGGCUGUUGAGCGCAAGCGCCGGGAAUGCAUCAAGUAUGAGAAAGCAGUGGCAAGGACCAAGUCGGAGGUAUCUCGGCUCGGCACGUAUGGAAAGCGCCGCAAAGAUAAACAUAGCAUCGGGCUUGGGCGGUCAGCACGGCGACCGGUCGUGGAAGCAGAAGAGCACAAGCACACUUUUGAGAACGAAACACAAAAUGACGACGGCACGUGGUCCAAGGAGUGCGCAUGCGGACUUACCAUUCACGUUCACAAAGUCUUCGAAUAAGUUCAAGGAAAUGCAUUGUAUGAUAUGGAGA